AUGUGGAAUAAGGGAGCUGCUCGGCUCACGCAGAUUCCCUUGCUAAGUUGGGAGUUGCAGCUGUUACUGAGGAGCACGCAGCCUGGCUGUGGGGAGGGUGCCUGGGGAGAGGUGCAGACCAAGUCAAGCUCCAGGCUCUUCUUUUCUCUGACUCACCUCAGCAUCACUAUGGAGCCCAACAGCCCUAAAAAAAUACAGUUUGCUGUGCCACUGUUUCAGAGUCAAAUAGAUCCUGAGGCAGCUGAGCAGAUCAGGAAAAGGCGGCCAACACCAGCAUCACUCGUCAUCAUGAAUGAACAUGUGCCCCCGGAAAAAGAUGAGAAGAGAACAAAUAUGUCACAGGCAGAGUCUCAGAGUGCCUCUCCCAAGCAAAGGAAGCAGAGUGUCUUCACCCCGCCUGCCCUCAAAGGGAUUAAGCAUCUGAAGAGUCAGAGCGAUUCAGCAUUUCCAGAGGAAGAAGAGGGAGUUAGUGAAAGGGAAGAGGAGUGGGGCCAUUAAGGAGCCCCGUCCUGGAGACUAACUGAACUGCGCGGCCGUGCGUGCCUCAGAUCGUUCGCCACUGCUUGUGUUCCCGCACCGUGCCAGCGGCACCGGGGCUCCCUGGGGAGCACCCUCGGCUGGGUUUUACAGCCACCUGCAAUUGUGUUCUGUGAUCCUUAUACCCAAAGAUAAAACAGUUAUUUUAAAGUCGUUUUUCUUUCAUUUUCUAUGACUUAGAAAUGUUAUUUGCAAAUGUGUUAGUGACCUGACAUCAGUACUGCCAGAGCUUAACUACUGUGUGUGAGCUGUACUCUGUUGUAAAUAAAACUGAUUUAAAAGCUAAAAAAUAAAUAAUAUGUUCACUUAGACAAGGCUGUAUAUUGUACAGUGGGUUUGUCUAGCGUGCAGAGAAACGUUCAUAUAAAAUCAUCCUUCCAGUGAAAGUCAGCUUUUACCAGCAUUGUUAGAGUAACUUGCAGUAGGUAGAAACAAACUAAGCAGAGGUGACUCUUAGUCUAGAGAAGGAUGCAAAGACACUCUUCCCCAUGUUCCCUGGAUAUGCAACGCUUAAAGUACUUGUCUUGUUUUCGGUCUGAGGUUGCCUAGUCAUACCAGCCAAAACAAUUUCUCUUUACACAAGAUAAUUUUUAGCUGGAGGCGUUAGAAAAGGUUUCAAUUUAAGAGUCAGAGGAACACAGGAGUGUGUGAGACCUGUGAGUAGGGUCCUAUGCACCAGCUGAGCUGAAGGAAAUGCUGAUAUUCACUUUCAUCACCUGCAGCAAGUAUAGGGUUACAGCCUUCUCUGAGAAAGAGGGCCAAACCACUCUGCGUUUGGCACAGUUUCAGCCAGUAAAUGGUAGCAUAUCAAGCUGCGGUGAUUUAGCAUGUGUCUAAGCCUUAGGUUUUUUGGUUGAAGUUUGGCAUGGUUCAUAUCAACAUUUUCAUUUGUUAAACCAUGCAAACUCUAUGGCAUAAAAUGAAAUAAAGCAGAGAAGCAAAAAUGUGUUUCUUCAAAGUUGCACUUGACAGAUUAUUUCCUUUUUAAUCAAUGGCCAUUUUUAAACCAAUUCACUGUCAUUUUGUAUUAACAGCUUGCCUUUGAUACAAAGUUUUACCCUCAGUUUAACUUUCCACUGCUUUAAGUCUCUUUUAAAGGGCUGAGCUAGCAAAAAAGGAGAUGAAGUGUACGAAAACACAGAGCCUUUUGUCUAUGCCUUGCAUGGUGAUUUCACUCUCAAUCCAAAGUCUUCCACGAAGACCUGCUGAGAACAGGAUCUGUCAACAAGUGUUUCUUUAUAUCUAGGAGCCAUCUUUUUGCCCUCCAUCUCUCUCUCUGUAUCUGCCCUCUUUGUUGCCAUUUUCUGUAGAAAGGCUGCAAAAAAGGAUCUGUGACUCCAGCUCAGCAUGGGUAUGCAAGAAAGACUGAAAGGAGGACUCUUUAGAGGUACAGAAGCAGCUAUGGGACUUACGGGGCUGGAGGCUUUUUAUGCCACAAACAACACAAAGAAGGAAAUAACCCUUCAGAAACCAUUUGAAUGGCCCAAAGCUAAGACUGGAAUUGUAGCAAGAAGAGCUGGCCUCUGGUCCCAGCUUUGCCACAGCUUUGCUUUCACACAGCACCAGGCUCUUCACAUCGUUGCUCAUUGCCACAGUACUCCCAGUUGUAAAACAGUCAUUGGUUUUUAACCUCGCAUCAUCUAUCUGUGUUGCCAGCUAAUAAAAUGCUUUUUAUAUUAA